AUGGCGACUUACCAUUGGCAUCUGGCGGGAGCUGUGCGUGCUCUCGUCUAUUUGGUUCUCCUAUACCAGCACUGGCCUAGUCUGAACAAGCUGCGUUGGUCUACAUGGCCAUACGAGAUGACAGGGCGAUAUGCAGUCGGAGUCUUCAUAGUCUUGAUUGCGCGCUAUGCAGGAGGAGGAUUGGCAGGUCUGAAAAAAGAGCUUCAUGGAUUGGGCAAGGACGCCUUCGGCAUUCUCGCGACUGUGAAAGUCGUGUAUCUAUCUCCCGUGCGUGAGGUCUGCUCGGAGGCCAUCUUGAAAGUCUGUUUGCUCCAGGACUACGUCAGGUAUGGACCCUUCGGGACCGUGUCUGGAUUUAUGUUUCAACAGCCUUUCGCUGUUGGUUGCCAACUCUGCGCACACUUUGCGCGUCGUUCAGAACACUUCGAGCCACAGCUGGAAGACGCGGAGUGGUGGGGUAUUGUCUCAAUCGAAAUGCUGUUGUGCGCGCUGGUUUUCAUGAUCUUCUUCUGGAUGGCGGUGUUUGCAGCGAACGUGCUUCACCGAUACUUUUCCCACAGAUGUUUUCAGACAUCCCGCCUCUGGAGCUUUGCGUUGGGAGCCUUCUCUUGCAUGGGGAGUGGGAUGAGGCCUCUGCAGUACUCAGCCCUGCAUCGACGGCACCACAGGUUCUGUGAUCAAGAAGGCGAUCCUCACUCGCCGUACCAGAAGGGCUUUUUCUACGCCUAUGUCUUCUGUUAUGCAGACAGAGACAACCUUGAGAUCCGGCCAGCUUUCGUGCGAGACUGGUUGUUGAAGAACCCCGAGCUGCUGCUGCUUGAGCUGUAUGGCGGGAACGUAAAAGCUCUAUUGCGCCGCAAGCUCCUCUACACAAUGGUGUAUGCGCUCAGCCCCGUGUGGUUGCAACAUUUCCCUUUGGAUGUCCAUCCCAUGACUAUGGCGGCUAACCUGGGAGAAGUCCUCGCCAUUAACUUGGUAAGUGCAUUCAAUGGCUUUUCCCACGAGAUUGGAUGGGGCGUCCCAGACACUGACAGAUGCUCUCACGUCAAUGCAUGCAAGGGGAGGGAUAUGCCUGGCUUCGUGAUGAUUGGAGGAGGUGAGGCCUAUCACAAGGAGCACCACAAGUUCCCCAACCUCGCAGUCUAUGGCCACUGGUAUUUGGAUUGGUCCUUCUGCGCUUAUGCAGCGAUGGAGAAGUGCUGCUUGGUGUGGGACUUGCAAAGACCUCCCGCGACUGACAAUCUCAUUGGCAUAGCGGAAAAGUUCAAUUGGGAGACCACUUUGCGGUCCCCGGGUCGGAACCGAGAAACAGAUGUCCGGUCCACGUGGGAUGCCAGGCGUCAACUGGAAGGGCUAGAAGAAAGGACGGCUUCAGCCGUUGCUUACCUUCACCGUCAACUGCUCGAUUUGCAAGCGGCACAGUCUCCGAAGACAUCUUCAGAUGUCGCAGUUCGAUUGGAUGCUUUGGAGCAGAAGCAGCAGCAGACUGCACACCGCCUGGAUGCCGUGGCAGAUGUCGCGAGUUCAUGUUCGAAGGAACAAGAUGCACAAGAGCAACGCCUUCAAGCUUUGCAGGUCCCUGUCAGCAAUGCUGGAGCUUUCAAUACUCAAGAUUCAUGA